AUGGGGGAGGAGGCGAAGCUCGCGUUCACGCCCACCUGGGUGGUGGCCAUCGUAUGCCUCGUCAUCCUCUCCAUCUCCCUCGCCGCCGAGCGCUUCCUCCACUGCCUCGGCAAGUAUCUGAAGCAUAAGAAGCAGAAAGCACUGUUUUCAGCUCUACAGAGACUAAAAGAAGAGCUAAUGCUUCUCGGAUUCAUUUCUUUCGUCCUGAGUCUCUCCCAAGGUUUUAUUGUUAGCAUUUGCAUUCCAGAAACUUCUACUGGCUUCAUGCUUCCAUGCAAGAGAGACGACCACAGAGUUGCAGAAGAACGUGCCAAAAUUUGCAAGAAAAAGGGUGAUGUUCCCUUGCUAUCACUGGAGGCAUUACAUCAGCUGCACAUUUUCAUAUUUGUACUUGGUUUAGUCCAUGUUGUGUUCUGUGCUGCAACAAUAUUAUUUGGUGGGGCCAAGAUGAGAAAGUGGAAGCAUUGGGAAACAGAAAUUCACGGAGAAGUACAGGAGAAAUUACAGCAAGCAGAGAGUGAAGGAAAAGGCACACCAUCGAGUAUUGUUGUGCUAAAUCGAGACCACCAAGAUGAAUUUGUCCGUGAGCGGGCAAAGGGAUUUUGGAUGAAGCUCGCUGUUGUAAGCUGGAUAACUUCAUUCUUGAAGCAAUUUCACGAUUCAGUGAGUAAAUCAGAUUAUGAAGCACUUAGAUCAGCUUUUGUCGUGAUACACUACCCCCAGAAACCAGAUUUUGAUUUCCACAAAUACAUGAUUCGCGCUGUUGAACAUGAGUUUAAAAGAGUUGUUGGUAUCAGCUGGUAUCUGUGGCUUUUUGUAAUCUUCUUCCUUUUGCUGAAUAUAAAUGGAUGGCACACAUACUUCUGGUUAGCUUUCUUGCCUCUAUUUCUCUUACUUAUUGUUGGUGCCAAACUAGAGCACAUUAUCACUCGGUUGGCUCAAGAGGCAGCAGCAGCAUUAUCAAAUGAUACAGAGGAAGCUCCAAAAAUAAAGCCAUCCAAGGACCAUUUCUGGUUUCACAAGUCUGAACUUGUCCUUCAUUUGAUCCAUUUCAUCCUGUUCCAGAAUUCGUUCGAGAUUGGGUUUUUCUUCUGGGUUCUGGUAUCAGAAGGGUUCAGUUCGUGCAUGAUGGAACGGAAGCCUUAUGCCAUUUCCAGACUUGUUAUAGGGGUGAUCAUCGAAGUCAUCUGCAGCUAUAUCACGCUGCCACUAUACGCCAUCGUCACCCAUAUGACCGGAGAGAUCAAGCUGCAUGGUUUAGGCUCCGGCGUGCACGAGAGUGUCCAUGGCUGGCUCGCCGAGGGGAAGAAACCCUUCUCGAAGAAGACCGGCGAUGACCCCGACGCUGAUUCCGGUGGGGAGGUCGAGGUAACCCGCCUGGCGCCCAAGGAGCGGUCGGGGAGCUCGCGCAACAUGCUGAUGGCGCCGGCGCCCCCAGUCCUGGACGAGAUCGUCACCGUGGACGACGUCGCUGUGGCUGCGAUAGCCGUAGUAGGCCAAGGACCAUAA